AUGGAUAUCUGCAAUUCCGAGAAAAGAUUGGAAACCUACUUGCAUUCACGAGUAUGUGAAAAGCACUCUCCAGCUGAGGCCAUCAUUACUAAAAAAUCUUCAUUUGAUGCUAAAUCUGGAAAGAUGAUUUUGACUUCUCUCGAGAGGCCAAGAUUAAAAAAAGAUUCAGUUCCUUCAAUAUUUCCUGGAUGCCCAGACUACUACAGCACAUCAGUAACUCUCAGGGUAUUGCCGGAUAAAAAGAGGCAGCGAAUGGAAAGUUUGAAUAUUGACAAUGCAAUUACAAAAAGCCUGAUGGAGCACAGUCAAUAUUUAACAAAAAACAAAAUAAAUAGUUUUUCUGAAUUGUGCGACAAAGUAAAGGAACUUAAACUUUCUAAAUUUUGGAAUGUCGUAUGUCAAGACAAUGAUAUCUUAUUUUUUAAUUUAUCACAUGAUGUACCAACAGAAAUAGUUUAUCUACUCGUGGUAAACAAGGAAUUAGAACUGAAAUUGUUUUUAAAAGUGUUCGCUUACAAUUUAUUAAUGAUAUUGAGUCUCCGAUAA